AUGCACCUAUCUGAUGAUAGAUUCCCAAAGGUGUCAUUUGAAAUGGGGGAGUAUACUGCUGAUGUUGAUGGGGUUGGUACUCUCAGGUUACUCGACGCUAUUAGAACGUGCGGUCUAGAGAAGAAGGCAAGAUUUUACCAAGCGUCAAGCAGUGAAAUGUUUGGCAAAGUUCAGGAAAUCCCACAAAAAGAAACAACUCCAUUCUACCCCAGAUCACCCUAUGGUUGUGCGAAAGUAUACGCAUAUUGGAUCACUGUCAAUUUCCGAGAGGCUUAUGAUAUGUAUGCAUGUAAUGGUAUACUAUUUAACCAUGAGAGUCCCAGAAGAGGUGAAACAUUUGUUACAAGGAAAGUCACCAGAGCGGUUGCUAAGAUACAUCUAGGACAACAAGAGGACCUAGUUUUAGGAAAUCUGGAUUCAAAGAGAGAUUGGGGACAUGCAAGAGAUUAUAUACAGGCCAUGUGGUUAAUGUUACAACAAGAGCAGGCUGAGGAUUUCAUCAUUUCAACUGGGGAGGUCCACAGUGUACGAGAGUUUGUCGAAGAAUCAUUCAAACUGGUCAAUAAAGAAAUAGAAUGGGAAGGUGAAGGAUUGAAUGAGGUGGGUAAAGAGAAAGCAACUGGGAAAGUACGAGUGAAGAUUGAUGCUAGAUUUUACAGACCAACAGAAGUCGACUUUUUGCUAGGUGACUGCACUAAGGCAAAGACCAAACUCAAAUGGGAAUUAAAAACUGAUUUUAAGGGACUAGUGAAAGAAAUGGUGGAAGCUGACAUCGAGCUGAUGAAAUCCAAUCCAAAAGCAUAGAAAAAUAUAUUACUUAUUCUGUUGUUUCAUUUAUUUUGGCUUAUUUUACCCUCUUUUAAUAUCUGCUCCAUCCACUAUCAGUACAGACAGUAUUUGCAUAUGAGGUCAGCAUAUUAAGAACAGAUUUAUUUUUCUCUUUUGUAACAUUCAUUUGUUGAGGUGAUGGGAGGAACUAGACUGGUUAUUGUCUUCAUCUCAGAACUGUAAAAAUGAAAUCCAUUCAGAAUAAUUAUCUACUUAUCAAUAAUUUCCAAUAUUCGUUUUUUAAGUUAACAAUAGAAAUUUUAUUUUACAUUUUAUUGGGAAACAUUUUUUUGGGAGUAGAUAUUUGUUGUAUUUAUUUAUUUAGCCUUCCUUUCAUUGAAUUACAUUCCAUGUGUGCUCAUUGAGUCCAUGUAAUUGGUGAAAUUUUGUUUGUUUGUUAUUUGUUUGAUUUUUUAGUGUGAUUAUUUAAAUCAUGCUAAUUUAGGUUUUGUGAUGUUUAUUAGAAGUAAAUAUCACUGUAUAGUGAUACUCAGAUCACCAUGGCGACAAUAUCAACAUAUGGUUAAAAAUGGUCAUGUCUUUUUCUCGGUGUAAUCAUGACUACGAUCAAAGUGAUCUCGAAAUCACUAUCGACUUGAAUCUAGAUUGGAUACAGGCAUGAGACGAAAACCGAUUUAACACUUUGAUGCAAAAUGGAAGUGGACAAUACUCGGUGAAUUAUUUUGUUCAAGUGACAGCACUGCUUAUAAUCGGUGUGUAUGAACACAGGAAUCUGCCUGUUUUGUAUUGAUAUCACGUAAAAUCUAAAUACAACAUUUGACCAUUUAAAAUGCACCAAAAUACAAUGACAAAUUUCUGUCUGUAAAUCACCAAAUUUGAGAACAAAUACACCCCGUGUAAAACCAAUCUAACUAUGAGCCGGUCUUCACCAUAGAACCGGUAUCUUCUAAAACUUUUUAUUUGACUGAUGAAUUGUUUAAAAUACACUUUUAUUUCCGUUAAAGUACACACCAUCUUAUAUAUAUUCUGAAAGCCUAAAUAUUUAGUACUGUAAAAAGGUUAAUUAUUCACUGGGUUUUAAUUUUGCUUAUUUCGCUGGCUGGAAAAUGCACUAAAUUAUAAUAACCCACUGAAUAUGUCAAAUUUAGCAUAGAACACAUUACCUAAAUGAUAAAAUCGUGAAUUUAAAACCCACUGAUUAUGCCUGAAAUGGUAAAUCAGCAAAAUUAAACCCAGGGAAAAUUAGUCAUUUUACAGUAACUUCUUUUCUUUGAUAGUGAAAAAAAAUGUAAAAAAUUUUAUGUAAACAGGUGAGAGGUUGUGAGACAGUGGGUACUGGUAAGAGUGAUGUGUAAAAUUAGAAGGGUCAGAAAAGUGGGGGGGUGUUGAGGGUGAAUUUCUUGAUUUCUUGUGUAUGUCACUGUAAAAUGUACAAGCGUAUUUCGCACAAUCUAUGGAUCUAUCUAUGUUUGCCCAUGCCAAUGAGUGCCAUGGUUACCUGUAUUUAUUUUUUACUUAUUUCAGAAUAGGUGCUCAAAACAAUGGUUUGAAUACGCAGGUAUUUUAGACAGGUAUUUGUUGAUAUGGUCUUUGGUUCAAACACAUAUGACAUUUAACAUGGCAAAAACUAAAUUGCAUCAAAAUAAAUGAAAGUUAUUAAA